GUGACGUCUUCCACCACUUGCACAUGCGCAGACUGGUCGUGUGUUUUGGCACCAAUCGUCUCGGAGAAGACAACAUAGCAGUGCGGUCUACGUCUGUUAAGAACAUCUUUUCCCUGAGCAGCAGGUGUAAACCUCCAGGAUGAAGCAGGAGAAACCACAGCCCCGCCAUAUUAAAAAAGAAGAGGAGGAGCCACAUCUUACCCACAUUAAAGAGGAAGUUGAGGAGCUACAUCGCCCACACAUAAAGGAGGAAGAAGAGGAAUACAGUAUCAGUCAGAAUGUAGAGCAUCUUGAAGGAAUGGAGGUUGAUAUCUCCAAGAUUCCAUUGAAUGUUGUCAUUGUGAAGAUUGAAGAUGAUGAGGUCAAAAGUGAAAGUGAGGAGAAGAGAGAGGUGGAGCCUCCAAGCAGCAGCUCAACUCAACACAUGACAACAGAAGAUGAUGGAGACUACUGUGGAGGAUCACAACCAGACAAGCUCUUAGCUCCACUAUCAGAUAGUGAUGACAUGACGUCACACUCUUCUGACACUGGUGAUGAAGACUCUGAAGCUGAUACAACAUGUCCCACUGACAACACAUACUUUGAAUGUUCUCACUGUGGCAAAACUUUUAAUUACUGUUGUAAUCUGAAAACACACAUGAGAACACACACUGGUGAGAAACCUUUUUCCUGUGUAAGCUGUGGUAAAAGUUUUACGCAAAGUCAUCAUUUGAAAACACACAUGAGAAUACACACUGGUGAAAAACCUUUUUCUUGUUCAUUAUGUGGUAAAGGUUUUACACAAAAUCAUAAUUUGAAGGUACACAUGAGAAUACAUGCUGAUGAAAACCUUUUUUCCUGUUCAAUCUGUGCUAAAGGUUUUGCACACAAUAUUGAUUUGGAAUCACACAUGACAACACACACUGGGGAACAACCUUUGUCCUGUUCAAUCUGUGCUAAAGGUUUUACACAAAAUAGCCAUUUGAAAACACACAUGAGAAAACACACCGGUGAAAAACUUUUUAGCUGUUCAAUCUGUGCUAAAGGUUUUACACAAAAUCAUCAUUUGAAAGCACACAUGACAAUACACACUGGCGAAAAACCUUUUCCCUGCUCAAUCUGUGCUAAAGGUUUUGUACGAAAAGAUACCUUGAAAAGACACAUGACAACACACACUGGUGAGGAAGUGUGAGUUGCAGUGUGUGUGAGGAAAGAUUCUCAUAAAAGUACCAGUGUAAGAAGUGUAACACACUCUUGUUAGUGGGUUUCUACCAUUGGUAGAUUAGAUGUUACAGAACAAAUCAAAUAUAUUUUACGCACUUAUUUAUAUUGUUUUUUUAAUUGAAGUGUUGCAUAUCUUUAUUUCUAAUUCUAAAUAAUUUCAUUGAUGAUGUCCUUUGUAUGAUAUACAUAUUUGUUUCACAUUGUUUCAUACUUUUGCUUUUGAGUGCACAUAAAUCCCUCUUAGUUCAUAUCUAUUGGUUCAUAUCCGAAACAUCUUCUGGAUCACGUCUGGAAGCAUUUUAUUAUUUACUUUAUACAUUAUUUGAGCAGUCUUGUAUUCUACAAGAUCAGUUGUUUGACCCUUUUCCCAGUGCCCCUUGUUGCGACCCAUGCAUGUUCCCGUUCUGUCUACUCUGUAUGAUGUAUGUCUGAUUUUGAACAGGUUUGUACUGAAAAUGUAAUUUAGUUGCACUUUUUAAGUGCGAUGAAAAAGUACUAUUCCAUGUGUGAC